CGCUACCUCAUUGGUUGUGUCGCUGCCCAUUUCUGAUUAGCUUUUGUUGUUCUGGGCGAGUAGGAUGCGUAAGCGCAUGCGUAGUGUGAGAAAACCGAAAGACAGACUGAGUAACGCCAGCUCCGAGCAAGCCUGAGAAAAACGAAGGAAAACACCGCCAUAAAACCUUGAGCGAAAGACGGUCGGUAACUUUACAAGCCGUGCGUUUCGUCGCGUUGCCUGACUGGCUUUUUUGCCUUUUAUCUGACCGCGUCUUGCUUUUAUCAGCUUCGCGUUCAAGAGAUUAGAAUCUUUAGAUCAGACAACUUCUUCGCUGUGACGCACACGCAUGUAUACUUCCACUGAAAACACAUUUUUGCUUUGGUUCAAGCGAAAAUAGGCUUUAGUUGUGAUACAUGUAUUGACCAAUAGGAAACCGGCGCACGUUUCCCUGUUUGUGGCUUCCGGUUACCUUUCUGAGAACCAAUCACUGACGGAAGAUGUGAAGAAAGUCCCUCCUUCUUUUCUGUCUUUCCGGUGCCGAUCAUCAGUCAUCUUGUUGUGUACGGAGGAGGGUGUGGAUCAAGAGGCUGUCAGCUGUACUCUGAAAAGCCUCUAAGGCCUUUGGCUUCAGAAUGGCUGGGGAAAAUGAAAACCCGAAUUCGUCUUUGCGGAUCAUGACGUUUUAUCCAACAAUGGAAGAGUUCCGCAACUUCAGUCGUUACAUAGCGUAUAUUGAGUCCCAAGGGGCACAUCGCGCUGGUCUGGCAAAGGUGGUUCCUCCAAAGGAGUGGAAACCGCGGACUUGUUAUGAUGACUUGGAUGAUCUUGUGAUUCCAGCUCCAAUUCAGCAGGUGGUCACUGGGCAAUCGGGGCUCUUCACUCAGUAUAAUAUACAGAAAAAGCCGAUGACUGUGAAAGAAUUCAGACGUAUUGCAAACAGUGAUAAGUAUUGUACUCCUCGCUAUGUAGAUUUUGAGGACUUGGAGCGCAAAUACUGGAAAAAUUUAACAUUCAACGCACCAAUUUAUGGAGCAGAUGUAAACGGUUCCUUAUAUGACAAGCAUGUGGAUGAGUGGAGGAUUAGCCGCCUGAAUACAAUACUGGAUGUGGUGGAGAGAGAGAGUGGGAUCACAAUAGAAGGAGUGAACACCCCAUACUUAUACUUUGGCAUGUGGAAAACCUCCUUUGCUUGGCAUACUGAAGAUAUGGACCUUUACAGCAUCAAUUACCUGCAUUUUGGUGAACCAAAAUCAUGGUAUUCCAUUCCUCCAGAGCAUGGAAAACGGCUGGAGAGGCUUGCCAAAGGCUUUUUUCCCGGAAGUGCUCAGAGCUGUGAAGCCUUUUUACGUCAUAAAAUGACUGUGAUCUCACCAUUUAUACUGAAAAAGUAUGGGAUACCAUUUGAUAAGGUUACUCAAGAGGCUGGAGAAUUUAUGAUCACCUUUCCUUAUGGUUACCAUGCUGGUUUUAAUCAUGGAUUCAAUUGUGCCGAAUCUACAAAUUUUGCUACAAUGAGAUGGAUUGAAUAUGGAAAGCAGGCUGUUUUGUGCUCUUGCAGGAAAGAUAUGGUGAAAAUCUCCAUGGAUGUGUUUGUGAGAAAAUUCCAGCCAGAGCGUUACAAACUGUGGAAAGCUGGAAAAGAUUCUACUGUGAUUGACCACACUCUUCCCACUCCAGAGGCUGCCAAAUUCAAUGAUGAACAGGCAGAGACAGAGCAAAAGAAAAGUGUGGCCAAACACCGUAUAGGAACAAAAAGGCACCGUGUUUGUUUAGAGGUACCAGAAGAGCUGAGUGAAAGUGGAGACUUUCCCAAGGAAGAGCUCUGCCCUGAAUCGGCAAAUAUGGAAUCCACCUGUGUGGGUAAAAACGAAGAAACUGAGAGUUGUCAAGAUGAAUGUACUGAACCUGGCUCUUCAGGACAAGUCUUUGAAACACUCAAAAAUGUUGAAGAUUUCAGUCUUGCCGAGCAGGACUCCAUCUCUCAACCAGGAAGUCCCUCCACUAGUGCAGAAAGCUCAACAUCCUCUUCUUCCUCGCAAGAUAGUUCCCCAGACAGCUCAGGGUCAUCAGAUACGGACUCUGAAGCACAACAGUCUGCCAGUUGUGGGAAGCUUCACAGCUAUGCCAAGGCACAAGGCAGUGCUCACAUAAGGAAGAAAACAAGCAGCAUGGCCAGCUUUUCAGAGCAUGAUCUGGAAGAGGUAGCUGGCAAGCACAUAAAAUCUUUGAAGGAAAACAGAAAUUCCAAGAGCCGCCGACAGCCUCUGUCCAAGCUGCCACGUUAUCAUCCACUAGUGAUGAAAGACAGCGGCAGUGAUGAUGAUCAACCAGACCAGCUGCUGAUGGAUGAGGAAUUUGAGGAGAGUGAGACAUGGGCAAAGUCCCUUAGCCAGCUUUGGCAGAAUCGACCACCAAAUUUCCAGGCUGAAAAAGAGUACAAUAUUGCAGCUUCUCUUCUUCCACCUCAUUGUACUGUCUGCAUGCUUUUCAAGGCCUACUAUCAGCCUGAAUGUGUGGGAGAGAACAAUAUAAGUGAUCCCAGCAGUGUUGGAUUCCACCUGAAGACGAAGCCUCUUAUCCCAGAAAUGUGCUUCACAACAACAGGAACUAACACCGAGAUUAAUCUGUCUGCUCCUUUUCUGGAAGAUGAUGGAACUAGCAUCCUAAUUACGUGCAAAAGCUGCUGUGUGUGUGUCCAUGCCAGCUGUUAUGGAGUCUCCAAAGAAAAGGCUGUGGAAGGGUGGCUGUGUUCUAGGUGUGAAGAAAAUGCCCUGACAGAGGACUGCUGUCUCUGUUCUUUAAGAGGAGGAGCACUACAGAAAGCAAAUGACAACCGGUGGGUUCAUGUGAUGUGUGCUGUGGCAGUUACAGAGGCAAAAUUUGUGAACAUUGCAGAGAGGAGUCCUAUAGAUAUAAGCAAAAUUCCGCUGCAAAGGUUUAGACUGAAGUGCGCAUUCUGCAAGAAAAGGAGGAAGAGGGUUUCUGGAUGCUGUGUACAGUGUUCCCAUGGACGCUGCCCCACUUCCUUUCACGCCUCCUGUGCACAAGCUGCCGGUGUGAUGAUGCAGCCAGAUGACUGGCCAUUUGUGGUUUUCAUUACUUGUUCCAGGCAUAAAGCAUUACAGAAUGAGGGCAAAGAAUCAAUCAGAGAUAUUGUGAUUGGGCAGGCUGUGAUCAGCAAACACAAGAAUGGUCGAUACUACCAAUGUGAAGUGGUUAAACUGACCAAAGAAACGUUCUACGAGGUCAAUUUCGAUGAUGGCUCCUUCAGUGAUAAUCUGUAUCCAGAGGAUAUAGUGAGCCGUGACUGCCUCAAUUUGGGUCCCCCUUCAGCUGGAGAAGUUGUGCAAGUUCGCUGGACAGAUGGAUUGGUCUAUGGUGCCAAGUUUGUGGCAUCUCAUACUAUUCAAAUGUACCAGGUGGAGUUUGAGGAUGGAUCUCAGUUGGGUGUUAAGCGUGAAGAUGUGUAUAUGCUCGAUGAAGAGCUACCAAAGAAAGUAAAGUCCCGACUGUCUGUUGCAUCUGACAUGCGCUUUACAGAAAUCUUUACAGAAAAGGAAGUUAAGCAAGAGGUAAAGAGACAGAGAGUCAUCAACUCAAAAUAUAGAGAAGACUACAUUGAGCCAGCCCUGUACCGUGCCAUCAUGGAGUAAUAUUGCACUCUAACCACUCAACUCUAAAGUGGAGAGGCUGGCUUUUAGCAAAACAAAACUGUGGCCAAAUGUUUCGUAUCAAGUGGACAUGGGACAGUUUUUCCUUCUUCUGGCAGUCUGGUGGAUAUUUUUUUUUCCCCUUUUACCCUUAAAAUAAGACAUCCUGUCAUGGAGUAUGAAUCAUGGUAAAGUCAACUGCACCUUUGCUAAAAGUGCAGUCUGCUGCCUUCCAUGCUUAUAUUAGGCCGCUCCUGGACAUUUGUAAGGACAUAUAAAGCCCUUGCAGCCAGAUUACAUUUCAAACAGUGUUACUGGUGCUUGUGCUCUUUCCCCUUGGGGAGAAAAGUGGACAUUUUCCUUUUUUUGCUCCGCGAGCUCAAACCUUAUCGGUCUGACAGUGGAAUACUCCAAGCAUCAAACUUGUGUUUUCCUUCUUAUUCCACUCUGGUUUAUUUUGAUAAACUUUGCUUUAAAAAGCAGGACUCAUUUUGAUAUUUAAUGUGUUCGCCUGCAGCACUUGUGAAAGUUAACUGCUGAUAAAAUAAACUGCAGAUUAGUAUUGAUGCUUUAAGGUAAUGUUACCCUAAAGACUGUGUUACCUAGUUAAAAUACUCUUUGAGUAAGGAUAGCUUCCAGGCUCUUGUGUGAUUCAUCUGGUGUCUACCUCUCUUGCGAUAAUUACAUCAUUUGUUUAAAGGACAGAAACUUAGCAGUCUUUCUCCCCAAAUCUUGAUUGACACUCAUCACUCCUCAUUAAAGAAGACAUAUGGCUAUCCUUCUAUAUCCAGGAACCCUGUUUGAGGUCCAAGAUUUAGGCAGGCCAUCCUUUGGCUUAAACCCUGGUUUAAGGUCCAGCAUAUGUGGUCAGUCUACCCUUAUCUCUUAGAUGUUGUAGAUCAAUUGCUACAUGGAAUCACUGUAGGAACUGUCGCCACACUGUUCUGGUAUUGAAUCCAAACCCCUAGAUAAGCGUCUAAGUUUUACAGUAAUUUGCUUUGCCUACCAAUUGGGCAUCUAUGCUUUUUUGGGUGUGAGGAUCUCUGAAGAUGCUGUGGUACAGGAUUUACAUAAUAUAGAAGGAUAAGCGCUAACUCAUAGCGUAGCCUGAUCAGAUGCAGCCAGCUGGUUUUGUUUCUUAGUCAUUUUGAAAUGUUAUUUACAGAAAAUUUUGUUUUCCAUGGUGCAAAAAAAACUGAUUUUAAUGCAGGUUUUGUUUAAUUUAUUUUGACACAAAAAAAUUGUAUAAAGUAAUUUCUGGGAGUUUCCUGGUCAAGAAACAGUGUUCCAGAGUGUAGGCCUAAAGCUGCAGUGAGUAGAACUAGAAAUUACAAUAGACAUCAUGAGCCAUUUUAAGAGUGAAUUAGACUAUAUAUUUUAUAAAAGUCUAUACUCAAUUUUUUUUUCCUCUCAAUAGAACAGAGGAAAUGUAAAUAUGUUUUGAUAUGGGAUACAAUAUACUUUAAUUCAUCGCCUUAAAUUCUACUGGGUCUUAAAAGUGCAGAUUAAUGGUAGCUGAUGGCUUUUCUCAUAUGGACAGUAAAAGAGAAUUAAAUGUCUUGGGCAGGAACAAACCCUUGACAUAAGGCCUAUAAAUGUGGGAAGCUGAUGGUACAGUAAUUGGUGGCAUAUAGGUGAAGCUGUGCCAGUUCACUGCGAUGGGAGUAUUACUGCAUCUGAUACUUUUAAAGGAAAACUAUAAAACUGCACCUUUGUGAAAUAGUACUUUAUAACAUUAUAAAACUUUGUAUUCAAUUAGGAAAAAGCAACAAGAAAAUGUAAUUUCAUACAUUUAAUUUGUAUUCUGCUUUCCUGCUAUUUGCCCAUAACAAACAUUAGGAGGGUACUGUGUAAGUGCAGGUGAGGCCUGCUCCCACUCAACUAGUGAUAAGAGCACAUAGUGCCUGCACAGGGCCUAGCUCCUGCUAAGACUACAACAUUCAUUUAUAAUUAUGAAUAUUACUGCUUUCACAUCACUGCAGGUCAUUAUAGUUUUCCUUUUAACUCUUCAAAGUGUGUGGACUUUUCAAUCAUUGUUCCUUUCAAUCAUUGUUCCUCAAACUGAAAAAAAGUAAUUUCUGCUCUUUUUUAUUUUUAACUAUUCCUUAAAUUAUAUGGUAAGUUAGAGCAUCAAUUUUAGCAAUAAAUGUGUGUGAUGUACAGCA